AUGAUAGACCGAAUUUUCUCUUCCACGACUGCUUCUGAGUUUCCACCCUGGGUUUCCCCUUUUUCCGCGCUGGAUUCUGUCGGGGUUCAUCAACGAACCCGUUCACCUGUGCCUCGCUGCCGUCGUGCACAAGCGGCUUUUUCUGUCCCGCUCUGUCAACGCGUCCCCAUUUUCCUUCUUUUUCUCUGGAUGAGCGUCUCGCCCGCCAAAAUGGUCUCUCUUUCUGGAACUUUGAACGGGGAAGAGGCUCUAGAGCGGCAGUUGCUUCCCCCCGAAGGAGACUCGGUCCAAGUCCAGUACCUGGUCGUUGGCGGGGGUGUCGCUGCAGGGUACUUUUUCCAUUAUUUUGCUGAGCCUCUCCCGCUACAAUCAGGUGAAAAAAGCGGAACGACGAUCUCUGGAGAGGACAUGGCCGGUGGCUUUUAUAAAAAUGCCCUUGGUAACGUGUCUCCCGAGGCCAGUUGCUCUAUGGGGGCUCCCGGGGAUCCAGAAUCCCAGAACAUAGGCUCCCUGUCCCUUGACAAAACCACAGAAGGCACUUGUGAUCGAGCUAAAAUGGAAGUCGGGGAAUCAGAGGCAAAGUCACACACAUGGGGAGCUGAGAGGCCGCCAACAGAGCCCACAGGACCUGGGAGAAAAACGAAGAAAGGCGGUACGAAUAUGCCAGGUGCACACAAGGAAACCGCUGUACGGGUCGCACCCUACCCUCCGGCAUCUCACAGGACGCUGAGCUCACGCGCUAGGAGUCUGCCGAAAUUGACGCAGCAAGAACAAGGCAGAAAAAUCCGCUUCCUCAUGGUCUCUGCCGAGGGUGUGCUGCCCUACGAACGUCCAGCCCUCUCCAAAGGCUUUCUCCUUGGCAAGACCAGCUUCCCAAAUUUCAAUGUUGCGGCGGGAAUCAGUGGAGCCAUUCAAGACGCCCAGUGGUACAUCGAUCGCGGUAUUCGAGUGCUGCUGAACGAGACGGUUUCUUCCGUCGACUUAGCGAAUCGAGCUGCCUCACUUCAAAACUCGCAAAGAACUGUCUACUUCGACACACUGAUCGUCGCCACGGGCCUCAGACCCGUCGACUUUGCCGACCUGGGCAUGUGGAGUCUUCGAGGCGUUCCUUCAAACAUAUUUACUUUUCGAUUCGCAAAGGAAGCAAUCCAUACGGUAGAUCUCGUCAAACAAAUCAAGGAAAGGUCCUCCGCGAUACUGAACAAAGCUCUUCCGGACUCGGACCAGUCUCUCGGGACUGCCGACGCCUCCAAAGGCUCUGCUGUCGUCAUUGGGUCUGGCUUCACAGGAACGGAAGUUGCAGCAGCUCUUUGUCAGUUGGGUUUGAAGGUGAUUUUGGUGACGCGCAGCACCCGCCUUUUGUCAAAGAUUUUCUCUCCUGAGCUCUCCGAGUUUUACGAAAAACAAUUCGAGCAACGGCGGGUCACGAUCAUCAAGAACGCGUCUGUUCAGAACCUCGUUCGCGAUGUUGACAAUGACAACCGGGUGUCGGCAGUUCACGUUACCCUCAGCGAUGGAACUAGCCACGUGCUGCAGGCGGACUUUGUCGUGGCGGCAGUCGGCAGCCGACCGGUCGUGGAUUUUCUCAACUGGCAGCUGAUGUUGGCAGACGAGUGCGUGGGAGGAGGGAUUCUGGUAGAUCAAAACUUGCAGGCUUUCCCCUCUCGCGAUGUGCAGAUCGCUGCGGCUUCUGCGCAGAAGCCGCACCCAGAAGUGUUUGCUCUCGGAGACGUCGCGGCUUUUCCCCAGACCAGGAACGGGGGGAGACCCGUUCGGUACGAGCAUGUGUGGAACGCUCGUUCCAUGGCGCAGUUUCUGGCGAAGCAUUUGCGAUUCCUUGAGCAAAGGGAGGAAAGAGAGAAGAAGACUGCCGGAGAGGCUUGCGACCUUCUUCAAGAAGCUGAACAAGAAGAGUCCGAAAGUGCAGCUGCUUUGGAAGCCGCCGAAGACGGAGAUCCUCCGCGCACCGACACGCCACAGAAAGACUCAGAUUCCAACGAAUCGGAUGCUGAAAACCACGAGAGAGACGGCGGGUACCAGUUCUUGCCGAUUUACUACUCGCGAAUCUUUGAUUUCUCCUGGAAAUUCUUCGGCUUCAGCAAAGGUACCCCAGUGCUGGUGAACGACUUUGACCGGCAGAUAUCCAGGAAAAUCGUUGCGUUGUGGAUCGAGGCAGACCACACGGUUCAGGGAGCUUUUCUUGAAGGAGGCGCACCCGACGAAGAAGAACUGCUUCGACGAGCGGCCGAUGCGGCGAUUGUCGUGUCACCAGAGGCCAUCCAGAAGGCGAAAGACGUUGCAGAGGUCUUGAAGCUUAUCCGCCUUGGUGUGGAGCAGCCAUUAACACGCAGGUCUGAACCGGCUUGA